GAUCAUUAUUGCUCAAAACGGUUGAAUCAAUUGAUUAUUGUCUAAACUUUUUUGAGUCAUUGAGUGAAAUAUAAAGAAAAAUAAACAAAAUGAUGAUCAUCCUGUAUUUUAUAGCAUUAAUUUUAUAUUUGGGCCUGGCUAGUGUUGGUCAUCGUUUUUUUGUGCAUCAAUUAUAUGUCAGCCGAUUAUUGAAACUUUUCGAUUAUGGCAAAAGAAAAAUCCAAAAAAUUCAACAAAACAUUCAACAAGAAAGAAAAAUUCAACGAAAAAUAAGUCGAGCUAUGUCGGUUAAUGCUGAUCUCAAUCAAUUGGCUGAAUUAGCUGCAAAAGCUGCAACAAUGCCAGAUUCAGAUGAAUCGGAUACCGAUUCAGCAUUCUGUGAAGAUUUUGAUAGUUCAGAUGUUCCUGCUGCAUUUGCUUACAAUAAAGCUUUAUCGAUAGAAAUGGAUAAAACCAAACAUAAACUUGAUCUAACUACCGUCAUGAAUUUAACAACGAUGGGCAUACGAGCAAUCAUCGAUGAUUCAGUUACAAAACGAUUCGCAGCUGAAGAACUAAAAACAUGGAAUCUUUUGACAAGAACUGAUGGAAUUUAUCACUAUAAAUCAGCCCGAUUAGCAUUUAUUUGGAUGGCUGGAUUAAUUGUUCGCUAUGUGAUCUUAUUUCCCUCAAGAUUGGCGAUAGCUUUAAUUGGAGUUUCAUGGCUUGUGACUUGUACAUUUCUAGUUGGUCUUAUUCCUAUCCCAUGGAUGAAACGUUUGAUUUAUCAUUAUAUAUCAGUAAUGAGUUUUCGAAUUCUAUCCCGUUCAUUUUCAGCAGUCAUCACCUAUCAUGAUUCACAGAACAAAGCUAAACCUGGUGGUAUAUGUGUGGCUAAUCAUACAUCACCAAUCGAUGUGAUCAUUUUACAUUGCAACAAUGCCUAUGCAUUGGUCGGUCAACGUCAACCCGGUGUUAUCGGUUUAAUUCAAAGAGCAUUGAAUAGAGCUACACAUCAUAUUUGGUUUGAUCGUUUCGAAUCUAAUGAUCGUCACUAUGUAUCACGUAGACUUCGCGAACAUGCCGAAGAUAAAAGUAAAUUGCCCAUAUUGAUUUUUCCUGAGGGCACUUGUAUAAAUAAUUCGGCUGUAAUGAUGUUCAAAAAAGGUAGUUUUGAAAUUGAUGCACCUAUCUAUCCUGUAGCGAUCAAAUAUGAUGCUCGAUUUGGGGAUCCAUUCUGGAAUUCAAGUAAAUAUGGAUAUGGGCGCUAUAUGAUAAUGAUGAUGACUUCUUGGGCAAUCGUUUGUGAUGUAUGGUUUCUGCCGCCGAUGUACAGAAGAAAAGAUGAAAAUGCAAUCGAAUUUGCCAAUCGUGUGAAGAGUGAAAUAGCUCGAAAAGGUGGAUUAAUCGAUUUGGAAUGGGAUGGACAACUAAAACGAUUGCCAGUCAAGCCAGAAAUGGUUAAACGACAACAGUAUCAAUUGAGUAAAUCACUUGAUGUACUGGAAAAAUAAGGUAAAUAAUUUACAAUGGUGGUUUCAAUACAUUUUGGCAUUCAUCUGAAAGCAUACGAAAUUUAUAAGAAUUCAUCAUUUUAAAAAAAUU